GGGCUUUCCAACCAUCCUCCACGCAAAGAAGACCAUUUCCCACGCAUCGGGGUGAUCUGCAACAGACAACUCCUCCAGCCAAAAAAAUAAAUAAAAUAAAAUAAAUAAAUAAAGCACGGUUUUGGUAACAGGCACCAUGCGCAAUGACUAACUCUAUGAUCGGAUCCAGGCUCUGCACAGAAAUCUAGUCCGCUCCGUUCCCCGACAAGAGGAGAGGAGGCAGGGCUGGAUUCUCAGAACCAGAACCUGGCCUACAACAGCUCUCCUUCCUUGUUGCAGAUCUGACAUAAACUGCAGUCGUGCAGCAUGACCGACACAGUGAUGAGCGGCGGCUCAGGUCGCUGGGUGUCCAACGACAGGCAGAGGAGCAUGCAUCCCAGUGAUAAAGAGCAGGGGAACUGGACCCUCCAGCCCGGUCCUGGUCCUGGCCCAGACCUGACAGAUGAAGAAAAGGAGGUUAUAAACAACGUGAUUGCCCGUGCUGAGAAAAUGGAAGCCAUGGAGCAGGAAAGAAUUGGGCGCCUGAUAAACCGCCUGGAUGACAUAAAGAAGACGGUGUGUGGUGAUGGAGUUUCGCGCUGCUUGCUGUGUGGAGAGCAGCUGGGCUCACCUGGGGUCAGCUCGGUAGUGUGUGAGGACUGCAAAAAGAACAUGUGUACUAAAUGUGGUACACAGUGUGGCAGUCGGCCUCGCGCUGUGUGGCUGUGCAAGAUCUGCAGAGAACAGCGAGAGGUGUGGAAGAGGUCUGGUGCCUGGUUCUUCAAAGGUUUCCCAAAGCAUUUCCUGCCGUCGCCCAUGCCGUUGUCUAAAUCAAAAGAGGCAGGUGCCAAGGAGGCAGCGGAACUGCAGAAAGCCUCUGAGCCGCGAGAGGGCAAAAACCCACAACCAGUCGAGCCACCAGGCCGUGUUGGUUACCCACCUGUUGCCCCUAAACCUGUUGUGCGCAUGGCCACGGGCGGUGCUGGUCCUGAAGAGGCAGGUCAAGGUAGUGCGGUGGUGAUGAAGAAGAUGGUGCCUGUACAGAGCUCCAGGCCGCAGCCUGCUGCUUCAGCUGCCAUGGCCCAGCAGGGUCCUGUAGGAGGAGAUAAAGGUGCCUACGCCUCUGGUGCAGCUCCUCCAGAGCAGAGAGCACCUCCUGCAGUAAAAGAGGAUAGGAGGCAGCCUGUUCCCUACAGUGUACCUCCCCCCCGGCAGCAGCCUCCCCCAGCUGAGGAUGAAGAUGAAGCCAAUGACUAUGACUCUGAUGAAGCCACUACCCUGGGCUCUCUGGAGUUCGGUCUCCUCUACGAUCAGGAAAGCAACAGCCUCCACUGUAGCAUCAUCAAAGCCAAGGGACUGAAGCCCAUGGACUCAAAUGGACUGGCAGAUCCUUACGUGAAGCUUCAUCUGCUGCCAGGAGCUAGUAAGUCCAACAAGUUGCGCACAAAGACCCUGAGAAAUACGCGAAACCCCGUGUGGAACGAGACACUCACCUAUCAUGGUCUAACAGAUGACGACAUGCAGCGCAAGACCCUCAGGGUCUCUGUCUGUGAUGAAGACAAGUUUGGGCACAAUGAGUUCAUAGGGGAAACCCGAGUGGCGCUGAAGAAACUGAAGAUGAAUCAAAAGAAAAACUUCAAUGUCUGCCUAGAGAGAGUUGUGCCCACGAAAAGAACAGCCACAGCUGGAACAGCCAGAGGGAUUGCACUCUACGAAGAUGAGCCAGGAAAAGAUGGCACAGAGGCAGAGGAGCGCGGUCGGAUUCUGAUGUCACUCAUGUACAGCACCCAGCUGAACCGUCUCAUCGUGGGGGUUGUGCGCUGCGUUCACCUGGCUGCCAUGGACGCUAAUGGCUACUCUGACCCAUAUGUCAAAAUAGUGUUGAAACCCGACAUGGGGAAGAAAGGAAAGUGCAAAACACAAAUCAAGAAGAGGACUUUGAACCCAGAAUUUAAUGAGGAGUUCAGUUUUGACAUCAAACACAGCGAACUGGCCAAGAAGACAUUGGACAUCUCUGUGUGGGAUUACGACAUUGGCAAAUCCAAUGAUUACAUUGGUGGUUGUCAGCUGGGCAUCACCGCCAAAGGGGAGCGGCUGAAGCACUGGUACGAGUGUCUGAAGAACAAAGACAAGAAGAUCGAGCGCUGGCACACCUUGCUGAAUGAGAAUCACGUUGCUAGUGAUUAACUGUACAGCAUGGGCUCACAUCCAUCAGGUUGCAUCCUUACAUAUCUGAUCUUCACCCAGGCACUUAUUUGCCCUUUUCCCCUCUCCAUUUAGCUAAUUUUUCUCAUUUUCACUGCCUGUGCUGAUAAAUCUGUCUUUGAAUUCAAAUUUAAAUGAUCUAACCACAACAUCUGUUGUCAAACAGCAGAGAGCUUGGCACAUUGUCCUCUAAAGGAAACAAACUUCACUGGCGAAGAUAAAGAAAAGCAAUAUGUUGCAUCAUCAGAGGUCAGAGCCAUCACUAAAGCUCAUGUUUGAGUUCACAACUAAAGUCCUUAACCUGGACUUUCUCAUGAGAUUAUGUGCGUGUAAAACAUAAAACUGUAUAAGCAUGCCUGGAAACACACACACACACACACACACACACACACACACACACACACACACACACACACACACACACACACACACACACACACACACACACACACACACACACACACACACACACAUGCUUUCUGAAUAUAUUGUAUAUUUCCACCAAGAAAUGUUUACAUACUAAUACAUUGCUCAGGUUAGGAUAGACAUCUGCUACGACAGAUGAGUCACAUGUGAGUGGACCAUGAGCUGUAGAUUACUCUUCAAUCAGUUGCUGUUAUUUUGUGAUUUAAAGAUAAAAAAUAAUGAUCCUAGCACACCUAUAUAGUUUACCAAGAGUUUUUAUGUAAUAUUACUCAAGCUGUGAGUUUUAAUUUGUGGGACAUAAUAACUAUGUGUUAAGAAAAACAGAAACGUGAACCCUAACGAUGAAGUUUUUGUUUAAUUUCUCUGUUUUGUUUUGUUGCGGUGAGGGAUGGCAGAAAAACAAAAACAGAAGAAGAAGAACGUCAUCCUGCUACCUCUGGUCUUUGAAAAGUUCGCAGUUCCCUCUGGCAUCUCAGAGGUUUUUCUUACUGCACUGUUUACGCCGAAUGCACACGGUCAAGUUUCCUACAGGUAACCUCAACGAAUCUGGCUGCUCCGUCUGACAAGGAGAGACGAUGGAACGUCAUAUCAAAAGCGUGUGCGCAGCUCUACUUGCAUGCACUGUGCUUGUGACUCUCAUGUGCCUGGGGCAAUCUUGGCCCGCUUUUACCCCGAUGUACCCCUUUGCACAAAACAAGGCUCUUAUUCCCUCUGUCACGCCUCAGUCACCCGAGGCUUCAGAGAGCGUGUUUUCACUAAUUAUGGCGAAUCAAAGAAAGCACACCAUACAAAAUGGAAUGACCUCAAUUUACAAAGCUGUCUGCAAGUUGUUCCAGUGUCAAACAAAGACAAAACAAAAGUAUCCUAUGCAUGACAUGUCUUGUGGUUCAAGAUAUAUCUCUCUAUAUAUAUUUACUUUGUAACAAGCAGAAGCUAUUGUAAUUUCAUUGAUGUUUACACUUUACCACAUUUCUACUUAUAGUUUGAACAAGAGGACAUACUUUGCAUGACUAAGGUGUGAUCUGAAUGAAGUGGUUUGUUGGCAUCCACAGGACUGACAAAGAGCUCAUCAAUUUAGGAGAUUGUAGCCGCCAACAGUGGAUCUCAACAUUUGACUGUCCUUGCACAUUCAAAGCUUUCCAGUGUUAUGUUUACUCUGAAGCCACGGCGCUCCGAUACGCCGAUGGCUCUGAUUUACACCAGUUCCACUCUGUGCUAUUGUACAUCAGCUGCUGUGAUCAUAACAUGAUGAUCAAAUGUUUUUAAAAAAAAGGCUUCUCUCUGAGCUAACAUCAUAGCCGUCUUCUUUGUUAGACCAAUUCAGUGGAAUGUUCUUUAUUCUCCGUAUUUGUAUAUAGAUAGUGCAUGAAGUUGAAAUAUGUAUGUUUGCAAAUGACUUUGCAUGAAAAGGUUUUGCAGAAAGUUUCCACAGACCAAUAAAAGCUGAUGAAAAACGA